AAGGACGACGGAGGAGCGGAGCAGUAUCGCAACGCAACGCAGUACCGGACCGCAACGCAACUCAGUAGUACCGCAGCACAGACUCUGGCGAAGAUGGCGAUGAGGUUGAUGUUGUCAUCCCAUUUCCGCUUGCAUACCAACUUCUUUCUGAAGCCCUUCCCGCUAUGUAAAACCCUCCCUUCCCUUCAUCUCCUCCAUUCUGCCCCCGUUUCCGCUUCCAUUUCUACCGACCAACCCCUCCCCACCCCUUAUUAUGGACCAUCGCUUCACAAGGGGGGUAAGAUUCUCAACGGAGGAGGAGGACUAUUGGUUGAUGAUGAUGAUAGAGAGGACGACGACGACGACUUGUUCGAUGUCACCAGCUUCACUCGCGUCUUCGACCUGGCCGCCCUUAGAGUCCCCUCUGCUGUCUGCUUUUCCCUAGAGAGUCGCCUCCGCGGUCACCUCCUCAACUGGCCACGAAUUCGCAACAUUGCUAGAGUUCCCGGCGACGAGGUCGAAGAUGACUUCGUCACUCUUCUCGGAGACAAUUCCCCCAAUGAUACCAACUUGUUGGCUUUAAAUAGGCGAAUCUAUGGAAAGGCCGAAGGAGACGGUGAGCCACUGUCUCCGGUGCUUUACAGGGAUAAGCUCGCUAGGACGUUUAAUACCCGGGGAUUUUUUAACUUCAGGAACCUCGCCAAGUUGUCGAGGCCGCCGCCGCCGCCGUCGAAGAAGAAAAAAGACAACAACGGUGGUGGUGGUGGUGGUGGUGGUGGUGGUGGUGGUGGUGGUGGUGACGGGAGAGAGAGUAAAAACAAAGGGAUUAGAAAGAACGACUUGUCCUCUGUCGAGCUCAUUGAAGAAGAAGAAGAAGAAGAAGGCCAAGAAAAUGGAGAAGAUUUAAGUGGGUUGCUGGGAGAUAGCUUCAAAAUGAGCAAGUGGAAAGGAUCGACGAGGUUGCUGCUCUUGGACGAGCGCUAUGCUUCCAAACCUCUGGACGACCUACCCGAGGCAAUUAAGGCAGUAUUGAAUGAAGGGAGGAAGGAUGAGCCGACGGUUUUUAAGAUAGUAAGAUGCAAGCUGACGUUGUUCUAUAAUUACUGGCAGGCAAACGAGAUUUUGGAGGUCUUGCUUCCAAAUGGUAUGGUUAUUCCUUCCGCCUUUGAAACUGUGGGACACAUUGCCCACCUGAACCUGAAGGAUGAACAUCUCCCAUAUAAGAAGAUGAUUGCCAAAGUGCUAUUGGAUAAGACCAAACCAAUGAUACAAUCAGUUGUCAACAAGGUUGAGGCAAUCCAUAAUGACUAUAGGACAAUGCAACUUGAAGUUUUAGCUGGAAACCACUCUCUUGUCACUACUGUAGUCGAGAAUGGAUUGCGGUUUCAUGUUGAUUUAGCUACUGUGUAUUGGAAUACCAGGCUUGGAACUGAAAGGCAAAGACUUCUCCAAUGUUUCACCCGCGACGAUGUUGUUUGCGAUGUAUUUGCUGGUGUGGGUCCCAUAUCCAUCUCAGCAGCCAAGAAGGUGAAAUAUGUGUAUGCUAAUGAUUUGAACCCUCAUGCGGUUGAGUACCUGGAAAGAAAUUGCUUCCUGAACAAAGUUGAAAGGAAGGUUCAGGUUUUUAACAUGGAUGGGAGGAGGUUUAUUGAUGCGAUGUUUAAGAAUGAGAGCUUGAAGAGCAUAACACAGGUGGUGAUGAAUCUACCCAGUGAUGCUGCAGAAUAUCUAGACGUAUUCAAAGAGAUAUAUAGAGAGAAGGGCAAGGAUGAAAAAAUGAGAUUUCCGAGGAUACACGUGUAUGGGUUUUCGAAAGCAGAGGAUCCAGAGUUUGAGUUUGAGGAGAGAAUAAGGAUUGCAUUGUCGGAUGUGUCAUUUUCGGUAGAAAUGAGGAGAGUUCGGCUAGUGGCUCCUGGGAAAUGGAUGUUAUGUGCAUCGUUUAUUCUUCCUGAGAGUGUGGCAUUUGGCGGUGGCAAGGAAAAAAGAAGGCGGGAGCAUCAUCAUCAUCAUCAAACUCACAUUUCUUCUUACUAGCUUCACAAGGCUUGAGAAAAGGAGGCGACAGCAUCAUCAAGGAGGAAUCAUCAUCAUCAUCAAACUCACCGUUUCUUCUUACUAGCUUCACAAGGCUUGAGGCGCGCAACAACCAAGAAUAAAUAGGAUGGAUGCUGCUGAAAGGCUAUUUCUUUCUUUCUUCCUUCCUUCCUUGUUGGACUGUAUAUUUUCUAAGUAAUAGGAAGGUUAUUCUUAUUACUGUAUUAUGAUAUA